CAGUGUCAUCUAUGUUGUAGGUAGUUUUACUAGUUAAAAUUUGUUUUUACAGUCAAUCUGUUACAGCCAGUAAAUGUGUAAAUUGCAUGCUAUAUUCCUAUUAAAACCAAAUAUAUCAGUAUUGUUUUUCAACACAACACUCUUACUAAUUAAAAGUUGGCAGUAGUAAUUCCAUUAAUUUUAUAAAUACCAGAAGUAUCAAUAUAUCCAUCAGACUUUCAGAUACAGGAUAAGAGAUGUCUACGUAUCGUUUUCUCAGAGUGAUACUUCUCUUUUCGGCUAUAAUUUUUCAAGAGACAAAUGCAACUGAUCAAACCUUUGCUCUCUGUGCUGACCAAAGGGGUUUUAUACGCUGUGAAGAUGGAUUAAAAAUCAAAAUAGUGUCGGCCAACUACGGACGUACAGAUGACCAGGUGUGCCCAGGUGGUAAAACUGACACACUCACCUGUCGUUCAAAAUCAUCAGAGAUCAGGGUCAAGUGGAAUUGCAACGGUUACGCAACUUGUCAUCUACAUGCCACAAGCAAACACUUCGGAAACCCUUGUGCAAAUAUUUCCAAAUAUUUGGAAAUUAGUUACCGCUGUGUCAGAAACAUGGACAAUGAUAUACAAGAUAAACCUAUCAUUGCUUUCAAUGCAUACAUAUCAAAACAUCUGACCUUGCACACAAAUACACCCGUCAAUGUUGUGUACGACAAAUUAUUUUUCAACUACGGAAAUGCGUACAAUUCUAACAGCGGAAUCUUCACAGCGCCAUCUGCUGGGCUGUAUAUUUUUACCUGGACCAGCUUAGUUAAUCCUAACACUAUAUUUGACGCAGAAAUCUUGAUCAACGGGAAACGGAAAGGAUUGGGUAACUGCAGCAAUGAAAGUAACCCAGGGUAUGGAAACUGUGCAAACACAGUACCUUUGGUCUUAAAAGCUGGAGAUAAAGUGAAUCUUCGAACGACUUCGGCAAAUUUUCUGUAUAGAGAAUGGUCAAGUUUUAAAGGAUGGAAAGUUUAAUCACACAUUUCAAUAACUUUGAAUUAUUUUUCUGUAUAUCUUGUUCAGUUUUCUAAUUUGCAUGAUAGGAAAUAUAAAAAAAUGUUUAAAUCCAACUUC